CUGACUGGAUUUUUCGUUUGCAAAGAAAAAACAGAAUUAAUAAAAUUUGGUUUUGUUCCUCAAUCAAGCUUUUACAUAUAUAUAUAUAAAAAAAAAUAACAAAACAAAUAAUCAUUAAUGGGCGCGCUCGCAGCAACGCUUGCGCGCAAAAAUACUCAAACAUUGGCAUUGGCGAUUGUUGUGGUAUCAUCCUUGAUGGUAUUGGCAUCUGGUGACGGCAUGGAUUCGGCCGCCCUUUUAAAGUUCAAGCAAUCGCUAGAGAACAAGGCGCCUCUUUCCAAUUGGAACUCGUCGGUGAACCCUUGCGACGGCCAUCUUUCUAAUUGGAGAGGGGUUCUUUGUUGGAACGGAACCAUCUGGGGAUUAAAACUAGAACAUAUGAGAUUAACGGGCAACAUCGACGUCGAUCCUCUUGUUCAAUUGCCUUACUUUCGAACACUCAGCCUCAUGAACAAUGAAUUGAGUGGCCCAUUACCUGAUAUUAAGAAACUAGGCAGAUUGAAAGCCUUGUACUUGUCUAAUAAUGGCUUCUCAGGACAAAUUCCUGCCGAUGCGUUUCAAGGCAUGGGUUCUUUGAAGAGACUGUUCAUGGCCAAUAAUGAGUUUACGGGUCACAUUCCUUCCUCGUUGGCUACUUUGCCCAGGCUCACGCAGUUGAGACUGGAAGGCAAUCAAUUCAGUGGCCCAAUUCCUGAUUUUCAACAGCAUCGUCUAAGGUCAAUUAAUCUGGCAAGCAAUUUAUUGGAGGGCACUAUCCCCGAAUCACUCAGCAAGAUGAAUCCCGACGCCUUUUCUGGCAACAAAGACCUAUGUGGGCUGCCUCUAGAUGCAUGCGACUCCACCAUACAUGCCGUGAAGAAAAACGCUGGAACAAUCAUAAUGAUUGUAAUACUGGUGGUGAUAAUGGUGGCAGCUAUUUUGCAGUGUUUGGCCAUGUUCCGCAGAAAAAAUGAUGAAGCGGAGGAGAAAUCUACCUUAUCCGCGAAUUCAAACAAAAUCGCACCCUUGCACGGACGGAAUCAAGAACGCGACAUGAGCGGGGAGAGCAGCGUGCACUCGAGGAGGGCGGACAGGGCGGAUAAGCUGACAUUUGUGACGGAGGAUAUUGAAAAGUUUGAUUUGAACGAUUUGCUGAGAGCAUCAGCAGAAGUUUUGGGAAGCGGGACAUUUGGGGCAUCGUAUAAGGCUUCGGUGUCGAAUGGGAAACCAAUUGUUGUAAAGAGGUAUAGGCAUAUGAACAAUGUGGGCAGAGAGGAGUUUCAUGAGCACAUGAGAAGGCUGGGCAGAUUGAAGCAUCCUAACUUGUUGCCGCUCGCAGCCUUCUAUUAUCGCAGGGAAGAGAAGCUAUUGGUUUAUGAGUAUUGUCCGUAUGGCAGCUUGGCUAGUAGUCUUCAUGGCAACCUUUCCCUGGAAGGGCAAGGGCUGGAAUGGCAAACCCGGUUGAGAAUUGUCAAAGGCGUAGCCAAGGGCCUAGCUUAUCUGUACAGCGAGCUUCCUAUACUAGUUCCCCAUGGUCAUCUCAAAUCUUCCAAUGUGCUCUUAGAUCCCUCCUUAGAACCUCUUUUGGCAGAUUAUGCUCUGAGGCCAGUGAUCAACCCGCACCAGGCACACAAUCUCAUGAUUGCUUAUAAGUCGCCGGAAUACGCACAAAGUGGCCGCACUUCCAACAAGACUGAUAUAUGGAGCUUCGGUAUACUGAUACUAGAGAUAUUGACUGGAAGGUUUCCGGAAAACUAUCUAAAAUCAGGAUAUGAUGCUAACUCCGAUUUAGCAACUUGGGUUAAUAAAAUGGUCACGGAAAAGAAAAUCGGAGAGGUGUUCGACAAAGACAUGCCUGGAGCCAAAAAUAGCAAAGGGGAGAUGAUAAAUCUGUUGAAGAUUGGAUUGAGAUGUUGCGAAGAGGACGUGGAGAGAAGAUUGGACAUCAAGGAAGUUGCGGAACAGAUAGAGCAAUUGAAAGGAGACAGCGAAGAAGAGAAUAACAAUUUUGGCGGUAGAGGAAAUGGGGAUGAAAUUUCCUUCUCUGUUGAUCGAUAAUGAGUGCCAGCAAAUGAGAAUGACAAUCAGAAUUAAUAUUAUUUAUACAUCAUAAGGAUGCUGCCGUGACACUGAAAAUUAAACUAUAUACAAAUCGGAGAAUGAUUGGUUACGGAUUAAAGCCCAUUGAAAGAAGGAAGGAAAGAAGCAAGCAAGCGGAUAGAGUUUGGCAUUUCAGCAAUUUUGGUAUCAGACAAGGGAAAUGACAAAAGAAACAGAGAGUGUAUAUAUUAUUUUUCUUUCCACUUGUGGAUUGUUACUUGUUAGAACACGAUUAGUUUGUUUCUUUCUGAUAUUCUUUCAUUUUGGAUUUCAAAACUUGGCACUCUGCCAUUAAUUCUUUGUUAAAUGGAAAGUGUUGAUAUCUUUCAGGUGAAAUACUAAUUAGUAAUUAUGCUUGACGAGCUUAAACCUUGCUUACG